AUGCCUCAAGACCUCCCGCCCACGGGCGGCUACGAAGCCGUUCAAUACAGACGCAACAUCCCCACCCGCGGCCUCAAACCCUUCUGGUACCUCGUCGGCGUCGGGCUCGUGAUGGGCUACGGCUGGCGCCAGGUGUUUAUCGGCCAGCGCGAGAAGACGGAGAUGGCCCGCGAGAAAAUGUGGAGUCGCAUACACCUCACCCCGUUGCUGCAGGCGGAGGAGGAUAGAGAUCAGGUCCGGAGGUAUUAUGCGGAUCUGGCGAGGGAGAAGGAGUUGUUGGGAAGUCAGAGCGGGGCUUAUAAUAGUGACCGGUACGUUUUCUUCCCAUUCAUCAUCUGUGGUGUUGUUGGUAUUCUUUCGUCUUGGACGAGGGAUUGGUCUGGGUUGGAUCGAAGUAUAAUGGAAGCGGUGGGGAGGAUUCUGCGACGACGUGGAGGAAGAAGACACAAGGUCGACAUGGGCGAGAACCGCAUGGCUAACACUUCUAUUCCUGUUUUCCACAGAUUCGUGAGACCGACAUUUACAGCCACACCCGGCAGAACGGUGGAAUGA